CUCGGCCACGCAUAGGAGCACGAUUGAGCAUAGUGCCUCCACCGAAAAAUUCCAGGCAGAUAGGGACACCCGGAGAAAGUGCACGUCUCGUCAACUUUCUAAGCCGUGGGUUUGCGAUAAGGAGGAUUUUCAGCUUCACUCCGACGAGAACGCCAGCCUGCUCUUCUCCCCCUCUCACUCUCACGCUCGAGCUUUAUACAGUUCUGUAAGGGUUGCUCGGCAUCUGUGCUCGCAUUUUGCCUGCAACACUUUAUUUAUCUUUCGCAUUCAAGACCGACUGCUACAGAGUGCUGAAAGCACUGGACAAAUGCAGGCGGCUCGGCGAUGCUGAUAAAGUUGCGCGGCACUGCAAUCGUACUGAUGAUGAUGGCCAGCUGCACGAUAAGAAGAUGAAAACAAACGCCGAGGCACCUUUGCUGCUGCCGCUGCCGCUGCUGCUGCUGCUGCUGCUGCUGCUACCGCUGCUGCUGCUGCUGCUGCUGCUGCACCUCUCCUCGUCGACGUCUGCACCCAGGUAGCAAAAUCCACGAUGAAUCGCAUCGGCAAGUUAUCGAAUCUGGCGGCACGUACCGCAGUGACGAAUCUGGCUGAAAUGCCCGAUUGCCGUGGACUACCGAUGCUCGGUGCUAUCACGUCGAUUCUCGAUUCGGAGCAAGGCAAACGAUUACACGAGUACGUCGACGAAAGGCAUCGCAAGUAUGGGCCGCUGUUUCGCGGCAGAGUCGGUCCCGUCAAAGCUAUCUUCGUCAGCUCGCCCAAAGUUAUUCGAGAGGUGUUUAGAAUUGAAGGCCCAACGCCGCAACACUUUGUGCCGGAAGCUUGGCUGCUUUAUAAUCGGAUGAGGAGUCGGAAGAGAGGAUUGUUGUUUAUGGAAGGUCAAGAAUGGAUGCACUAUCGACGGAUACUCAAUAAAAUAAUGUUAGCUCAAGACUCGAGCAAAGUGAUGACAAAGCCGUGUCAAGAGGCAGCGGAGGAUCUGGUAAAAAAGUGGAAGAGCUACACAAACAACGAUCGGAUCGUGCCAGAUCUUGAGAACCAAUUGUAUCAAUGGUCAAUUGAAGUCUUACUGGCAACACUAGUGGGCAAACCAUGGAAGACCUUCCGAUGUAGCAUAAUCUCAGAGUUGGAGAUACUAUCGCGCAAUCUAGGUCGCAUAUUCGAGCAUUCGGUACACCUAUCGCGAAUCUCGGCUCGACUGGCGAUGCUGAUCAACUUACCCUCGUGGCGCGGCUUCGUCUCCACCGCGGAUUACGCACUUGGCACUGUCGACCGAUUCGUCGAGCAAAUGGAAAAGCUCGAGGACGCCCAAGACGGACUUACCCACCGUAUGAUUGCCAAAGGCAUCACUGGCGAUGAACUGAAGAGGAUUGUUGUCGAUCUGAUUUUGGCGGCUGGUGAUACGACAGCAUAUUCGAUGCAAUGGCUGCUAUUCUUGAUGGCCAGCAAUCCCGAAGCUCAAGAAAACAUCUGCAAAGCCGUGCGAGGACUCUCGGAAGCGGAAGUUUGCGCGGAACCCUUGCUCAAAGGCGCGAUCAAAGAGUCCUUAAGGCUAUAUCCGACAGCGCCGUUCAUAACGAGGAUUUUGCCGCACGACACUUUGUUAGCUGGAUAUCCGGCUCACAAGGGCGAGCUCGUCGUUAUUUCGCUGUACUCUUGUGGUCGGGACGAGCAGAACUUCCCCAGAGCUCAAGACUUUUGGCCAGAACGAUGGCUGCGCAACGAUCGCGGAGAAUUUGACGCUGUGAUCAAUCCUAGCGCGACGCUGCCGUUUGCUAUGGGCGCGAGAAGUUGCGUUGGCAGGAAGCUUGCCGAAACGCAGAUGUCACUCACGAUGGCUGAGAUUCUCAGACAUUUUCAAAUCAGAUGUUUGAACAAAGACCAAGUCACGAUCAAGUUGAGGAUGAUAUCUGCCCCCUCGGAACCGUUGCAAAUUCAACUGGCGCAUAGAGAUUGAUGAUACAUUUUUACUUGUAUAGCCUGUGCUGACUAUUGAACUUUCAGAAGUACGCAGAACUGUUUUGAGAGUUAUAUUAAUCUUAAUUGUAAAGAGAUAUAUUUUUGAAAAGCAGAAGUAGCCUUUUGCAGAUGAAUGCGAACCAUUUCAAUGCCUUUCUGCUUUCAUUUAUACGUCACAUUUUAUGCAUUGCGAAGAGAGAAUAUAUUAAGAAAUAUUUCUAUUUGUACAUACACACCUAGAGAAUGAAUAAACUCGAUUUAAGAAGAUUAAGCAUAUCUUUCAUAAUU